CACGGAAAUCCCUCAGUUGGUAUUCCAACGGCGCCCAGUUUCGUUCAACAUUAAAAAAACGAGAUGAAGCCAACGUUCAAUUUGAUGGUCGGCUGGUGUCUCAUCGUCACGAUCGGCCUCGUUUAUUUGCCAACAUUCACGCACGCCUCCACGCAGUACUACGAUGGUUCUCCCAACGGUGACAUAGCGAACAAAAUGAGUUGGAUGGAAAGCCAAAUAAGAAACGCGUUGGCUUCAGGUUGUUCCAUUCAAGUUGGUAACCUCGUCACGUACAUCGAAAGCGUCUGGUGGCCACACAUCCAGUACCUGGCGACGAGGAUAUCACCUGAAGAGCAACAGCAAGUGCUCAUGAACUACGCCCGUCUUCAGUACAUGAUUGGAAUGAGAAAAUGCGAAUCGGGCCAAGAAACGUUUUAUCAGGGCCAGUGCUAUCCGGUGGGCGUUCCGGGCAAUCCGUGUCCUAGAAAUCAGCAACUGUACGACAGGCCGGACAACAUGGGCUAUUGCUAUUGCCAACGUGGACUCAGCAAUUUCGUUUACCUCAACAACGAAUGUUACCAGGAGAACGAACAGGGGCCUUGCCAAAAUGAUGAGUGGCUCAUCGUGAAUCCCGAUCGGACUGCAUCGUGCCAACAGAAGCCGUCCCGAUGCCCAGCUGAUGGCCAGCACAUCUACUGGGGUUGCGGGACGAAUACGCAAUGCCAUCGUCAGACGAGAGCCAACGUGGCGAUGAAAUGCAGCCGAUUGGGCAGUCAGCAACCGUCGUGCGGGACCGGAGCCAAAUUGUACCGUAGCGGAUCGACCUACCAUUGCGGCCGGCCGAGAUUGACCGUCAGCGAUUGGAUGGAACCAAAUACUGUAUUGCCAUCAAUCGAUCAGCAGACGUGUUCUUCAGUCCCACCAGCAAUGCCUGCAAUAGCGAAUUCACCUUUCCGCCAGUGUCCUAGAGGCUAUUCGCGAGACUGGAAUGGCCGGUGCAGAAGGGCCAUGUGAAUUAGCAUUUGAUUAUGGCGGUAAGCAAAUAAUUGUAUUUCAAAAACAAGAUCCUAUGGUUCUUUGCGUAUCGAAAUGCUGUGGUCAAUGAACACGACUGGUUUCUGAAUAAACGUUCAAUAGAAAGAA